AUGGAGCCGGAUGUGACGAUCUUAGUUCAGGGCCAACCUUUCCGUCUUUCCAAGGAAGCGCUAGUGAGACGGAGCGAGUAUUUCCGGGGCAUGUUUGAGUCAGGCAUGAAGGAAUCCAGUCAGGAUGUCAUCGAAGUCCAAAGACUGUCAUCUGCAACCUUCAGCAUCUUGGCAGGGUUUAUUGCAUCAUCUAGCCUGGCUGUUGAUGGAAAUAGUCUCGAAGAUGUUAUUGAAGGUAUUGCCUUCUUACAGAUGCAAGACGCUGUACCUGCCUGUAUUGACUUCCUCAAAACCUACCUCUCCUUUGAUAAUUGCUUGGAGGUUAUUGCCAUCGCGGAAAAGCACGCUUUCGGCCAAAUCGUGGACGCAGUGUUCGACUUUCUGGGGAAGGACUAUCUUGCUUUUUCCAGAACGGAGACGUUUCAAACACUUCAAGACGAAGAGAAAGAACGUACCCGGGCUGUACGCUACCGAGGCCGCCAGCAUCUUGCCGUGACCAGGAAAGAAGGGUGUAUCCCAGGGUCAGGGAAGAACGUCAGGGACCUGUUUUAUUACGUGGAGGGAGAGCAAAAAUGGAAGUCUUUCACGCAGCUACCUGACGACUGUUCGAAGUUCACCAUCAACUGCAGCACUGCAGUGGUGGACAACUAUCUUUACAUCAUUGGCGUACUUAAACACAGGAUUCGUAGCCACCAGCGGCCUAAGAGUCGCGAAGGACCUGGGUGUGUGUCAAGAUUCUACUACGAACCUAUCAACUAUCAGUACAAUCCGUUAUUGGAAAAGUGGGAGAAAAUCCCUCCAUUUGUCUGCGGAAGGAAACAUUUCUCCUUAGUUGCUCUUCGCGACGGUCUUUUCGCUAUAGGCGGAAUCACUGCAGAGUCCACUCUAGCUGAUGGCAAGUUCUGCGAGUCAGUCGAACGGUUCGACGUCUUUACGGAGAGGUGGUCCCACUGCUCUCCCGUUCCCGUGCAACGUUACGAAGUCCGCGUAUCCCCCUCGCGUGACAACCCUCCGACGACAUCCGUAAAGGAUGUGAUCUUCACCCUCUUGACCUGCCAUGGCGGACUCUUCCUCAAGCAGUACUGCCCGACGGACGACAGAUGGACCGACGUGUCCCCGGGCCCAUUGCCGGGUAGAGUUCCGUGCAUCUACCGCAUGUUCUCACACGAGGAUGACAUCUUCAUUCUGGGAGGCAAUCCUACUAUUGACCGCAGCAUCAUCGUCAGGUAUGACCCGGCAGACAGGCAGUGGACACCUCUCCGACGGCCACCCCCUCUAAGAGUGGAGUACUUCAACGCGUUCGGGGUUGUUCUUGAGGGAAAACUCUACACUGGAAGUGGUGAGACGAGGCAGAUUGACCGCUACGACUUGGAUGAGCAGCAAUGGGAAGGGACUAGUCAAACUUUGAUGCCUGCACUUGGGCCACUGGAGGCCUUUACAAUAUACCUGUAA